GGUCAGACUGGUGCAAGUUUUCCAGCCUCUACGGGUUGAGCCCCUCCUUCUCCUCGUGCCUCCCAGAACCUUCGACGCUGGUGCUGUCCGGUAUAAGAUAUCAAAAUGUUCGGCCAGCAGGUUUUAGUGCUCAAUCAAAAUGUGAAGAGAGAGUCGGGACGUAAAGUCCAAACGGGAAAUAUCAAUGCUGCAAAGACUAUUGCAGAUGUGAUCAGGACCUGCCUUGGCCCUCGGGCCAUGAUGAAGAUGUUGCUUGACCCCACAGGAGGAAUCGUCAUGACCAAUGAUGGAAACGCCAUCCUCAGAGAGAUCCAGGUGCAGCAUCCUGCAGCCAAGUCGAUGAUAGAGAUCAGCCGCACACAGGAUGAGGAGGUGGGAGACGGUACCACGUCAGUCAUCAUCCUGGCUGGAGAGAUGCUGUCUGUGGCGGAGCAGUUCCUGGAGCAGCAGAUGCAUCCAACUGUCAUCAUCAGCGCCUACAGACAGGCUCUGGAGGACAUGCUGGAUGCUCUGAAAGAAAUCAGCACCCCCGUGGACACGUCAGUUCGCUCCAUGAUGCUGAAGAUCAUCCACUCCGCCAUCAACACCAAAGCUCUGAGUCGCUGGUCCGAGCUGGCCUGCAGCAUUGCUCUGGAUGCCGUCCGCACAGUGGAGCUGGAGGACAAUGGCCGCAAAGAGAUUGACAUCAAGAAGUACGCCAAAGUGGAAAAGGUUCCAGGGGGAAUCAUCGAGGACUCAUGUGUCCUCAGAGGUGUCAUGGUCAACAAGGAUGUGACUCACCCCAGGAUGAGACGCAUGAUCAGGGAGCCUCGAAUCAUCCUGCUCGACUGUUCCCUGGAGUACAAGAAGGGCGAGAGCCAGACGGACAUAGAGAUCUCUAAGGAGGAGGACUUUGCCAGGAUCCUGCAGAUGGAGGAAGAGUACAUACAGCAGAUCUGUGAGGACAUCAUCCGCCUCAAGCCCGACCUGAUCUUCACUGAAAAGGGCAUCUCUGAUCUGGCUCAGCACUACCUGGUGAAGGCCAACAUCACCGCUAUCCGCCGUGUGAGGAAAACUGACAACAACCGCAUUGCCAGGGCGUGCGGGGCUCGUAUUGUCAGUCGGACUGAUGAGCUGCGAGAGGAAGACGUUGGUACACAGGCAGGGCUGUUUGAGGUGAAGAAGAUCGGUGAUGAGUAUUUCACCUUUGUCACCGAAUGUAAAGACCCUAAAGCCUGCACCAUCCUGCUAAGAGGGGCCAGCAAGGAGAUCCUGGCUGAGGUGGAGAGGAACCUGCAGGAUGCCAUGCAGGUGUGUCGUAAUGUGCUGAUGGACCCCUUCCUCUUGCCGGGUGGUGGCGCCGUGGAGAUGGCAGUGUCAAAGUGUUUGAUGGAGCGUUCCCGUGCUCUGACCGGCAUCGAACAGUGGCCGUACCGUGCUGUGGCCCAGGCUCUGGAGGUCAUCCCCCGAACCCUGAUCCAGAACUGUGGAGCCUCCACCAUACGAGUACUCACCUCACUGAGGGCCAAACACACGCAGGAUAACAGUGUGUGCUGGGGUGUAGACGGAGAGACUGGCUGUCUCUCUGACAUGUCAUCUCUGGGCAUCUGGGAGCCUCUUGCUGUUAAAGCUCAGACCUACAAGACCGCUGUGGAGACGGCCAUCUUGUUGCUGCGUAUCGAUGACAUUGUCUCUGGUCACAAGAAGAAGAACAAAGAGGAGCCGAUGGGAGGACAGGGAGCUGAGUAGAUCCACAUGGGUCCAUGUUCAUCCACAUCAGCAACAGUGUCACUGUGUGUGUGUUUGUGUGUGUGUGUGUGUGUUGGGGGACCAGAUGGCUCACUGAAACUUAAUAAAAACAGUCAGUAAAGUUAAAGUUAGAAGCUGGUCUCUGAUGUCCUUAUAUGGUUGACACCUGUCAGACUCCCCUGCGCCUGACUUGUCCCCUUGAGUGGUUUGACUCUUUACUACGUGGGGUCUGAAUGAUCCUGUGACCGCAGUGGGCACCGUUGUAAAAGACUUUAUUAACAUCAGUGGGAUUUUCCCUGGAUAAAUAUUGGUUAAAUACAAAUUUAAUAAAAGAUUAUUUAGCAUAAAUA